AUGAAACCAGAAUGGUCGGACAAGCGAGAACUUUUUAAAGGCGAGAACGGGCGCGCGGCGCCGGACCUGACGGCGUCGCCGGGCCGCGCACCGCCCGGCCCGCCGCAGCCGCCGCGCGCCAACCACGCCCCGCCCUGCGUGCUGCAGCCAGACUUCCGAAAGGUGUCGGGUGUGAGCAAUGAAAUAUUCAGGCAGAUUGAAUUGGUCGAAAAUGAUCACGACGCCACUACCGCCGCAGCACUCGAGGCGGUCGAGCGGCGUGGUGAGAUGAUAGUAAGAAUUCUUGAACUAAGACAGGUUGGACGAAACAACAUUGAAGCCGCCAAAAAAUUCUUCACACUACAGGAUUCUCGCCACGUAGUACAACUGGUGGAAAUUGUUAAACGACCCGGUCAAACACUGGGCCUAUAUAUCAGGGAAGGUGACGGAGGUGGAAGAACUGAUGGUGUUUUUAUAUCAAGGAUAGCACUGGAGUCAGCUGUCUAUAACAGUGGAUGUUUGAAAGUUGGAGACGAGAUCUUGGCCGUAAAUCUAGUAGAUGUGAGACGGAUGUCUUUAGAUGAUGUGGUGAUCAUUAUGUCGAUUCCAAGAAGAUUAUUAUUAUGUACUAGGCAAAGAAAAGGUAAAUCUGGCCCAGGAUCACCAUCGUUACCUCGGUCGGAGCACAAGCCGCCGCCGGUAGUAGUUCUGAAGAGAGAUUGUCGAGAUGACGACGAAAGAGACCGAGACCGCGUUGAUGGCCUUUACUCGCAGCACGGUACUCUCCGGUCAACUGGUGGGCCUGGUGGUGGUAUUCGUCCUGUUGGCGAUGGUAGAGAAGAAAGAAACAGAUUGCACCUGGGAACUGUUUCACCGGAUUCCAAUCCCCUAGAUUUAUAUUACAAUUCAAGGCCACCAUCUGACCAUUCUACCUGGAGUUAUCGGCCGCCUCCGCCAGUUAUUACUGAGCAACCUAAGUCAACAACCACUCACUUUGUUCCAUACGAGCGUUCUUAUCCUAAUACCCUCGAGAGCCUUGCAGAAAAAGUGCAUUCCUUUUAUCCCCAGGACGGUGCAAGUACACGCUUUGGUGCUAGAGUCCCACGAUCGGGAUCCGAACAACAAUUACCACGUGCAGAAACUCAUUCAGAUUUCGGUCGACACUCACUGCUCAGAUCCAGUUUAAAGGCUUCAACUGCUACAGGUGGAGGGGCAAGUAUGUCAAGAUACAACCAACGAUAUGGCGGUGUUGGAAUGACUGGGCCGCCUCUACCUGGUAGUGGACUCUCGGGAACUGGUUUAUCUGGUUCUGGUCUCGGGGGACCAGGGCUUCCGUCUGGUCUUUCUACAACCGCUCUUAGUGGUUUAGCGGGUUCCAGUUUAGUUGGCUCCGGAUUAUCAAGCACUGGUAUUGGAAGUGGAUUAACAGGUGCUGGUCUUAGUUCAACUCUUGCUGCUGGAUAUGGUACUACGGGCUUGGGAUUGCCUUCAUACAGUAGUAAAUUUGGAACAACGAGAAGAAAUCGAAGUUUAGAUUAUUCUUCAGACACGGAAGCCACAGCUCCAACUAGAACUCCAUAUUACUCGGGACUCAGUGGAUACAGAAGUAGUACUUUGGGACGAGAUAUAGGUUCAAAGUUUAAUUCUUUACCAAGAGACGUAAGAGGAACCGGGCAAAGAUUGGGCUUAUCCAGGCGAGCUGGUAGUGUUCUCCAGGACGAGCCAGAGCCCUUGUCCUCACGCCUAGAUCUUCGUUCUUCCAGAGGUCGCCUACCUUCUUCGCCUUCAGUGUUCACCUCAGACGAGUACCGUGCAUGGCUGUCACGAGCGCCUUCAACGAGUGCACUGUACGAAACACUGCGUCCCCGCCUACCCACGCACUACUCUGCUGAAAAUAUACACGAUGCGCUCAAAAACAUGGAAAGCGGUAGUCGUUUCGGCUCAACUCUUGGACUAGCUGGACGCAGAAUGGAGCGUCCACGUCAUUUACCUGCACGAUCGCUUUCGUCUCAACAACUAGGCCCAACUGGGUCACCAUCAACGCGUCGCGUACGACAGCUCUUAGAGCUUGGAUCGAGGUUUAACUGUCCUAAUCCCAGUCCAGUGCCAACACCUGGCUCUCGCCACCAGCGCAUUUUGGAUUUUAAUGUAAAUGACUUCCUAAAAUAUAAAGUAGAAAAGCCGGGAGCCGGAGGUUUUUCUUCAUCAAUGACUGGAUUAUCCCGACUGUCUGGUGGUGUUUCGGGGAUGCUGUGGGUGCACUUGCUGUCAGGACGGGGACUGCGACCGACACCCUCGGGCUCGUCUCCCGCUUCCCCGCCGUCAGGACCGCUUGCACCAAUACAACCGCCUGUUACUCCCAGAGAUCUGUAUUGUGUACUUGAAUGUGAUCGAGUUCAUAAGGCGCGGACGGUGGUUCGUACUGGAGAGCUACAAUUCGACUGGGAUGAAUCAUUUGAAUUAGAGUUAGUGGAUAACAGACAGCUCGAUGUCUUGGUGUAUUCCUGGGAUCCACAACACAGGCACAAGCUCUGCUACCGUGGUGUUGUUAUUCUACCAGACUUGCUUACUCGAUCGCCCGCGCAUCAACUAGCAAUAAGGAUGGAGCCCCGUGGUACAUUAUACGUGCGAUUACGCCAUACUGAGCCUCAGGAGCUGUUCCGCCGCCGUCCAGCGCCUGCACGUCUUUCUCCUCCCCCCCUGUUUGGCGCAGAGCUGGAGGCGGUUGUAUCGCGCGAGCCGCGACCUUCCCACGCACCUCCAGUACCUCUCAUUGUGCGUCGUUGUGUUGAGGAAAUUGAACGACGUGGCCUGGAUAUCAUAGGUUUAUACAGAUUGUGUGGAGCAGCAAGUAAAAAGCGUAUUUUGCGAGAAGCGUUUGAAAGAAAUGCUCGAGGAGUCGAACUUACUCCAGAUUCAGUUCCUGAUAUUAAUGUUAUAACAGGCCUUUUAAAAGAUUACCUCAGAGAACUGCCACAACCCCUAUUCAGUCGCUGUUUAUUCCAGAUGACAUUGGAUGCUCUAGGUGUAUGUUUGCCGGAUGACCGAGAGGGUAACGCACGCCUGAUGGCAUCAAUAGUUGAAUGCCUGCCUCGAGCUGCACGCGCGACUUUGGUCUUCCUUCUGGAUCAUUUAGCUCUCGUGGUUGCCGCACAAGACCGCAACAAGAUGUCUCCGCAACAUCUCGCUGUGGCACUCGCGCCGCCGCUCAUGCUUCAUUCUCAACCUACAAAUGAUAUAGAUUAUCAAAAACCGAUUCAUGUACUUCAGUGUUUACUACAAAUAUGGCCAGUGCCCAAGCGUUCAGUUCGGCGCGGCGAGCCAGCAACCGGGCCGCGUGGAAACAGAGUCAGUGUAUCGUCAGCGGGCUCAGUCACCCUCCCCCAAGGCCGAGUUCUGCCCUCAGCCAGUCCAUAUCGGCCUCCAGCGGUAGCAUCAGCAGCAUCUCCGCCGCCAGUUCCCUCAGCUCGGCCCGGAGCCGACCGAUCGCCGCCCGCACAUGUUCUCUCAUCAGUCAGGGGCGGCCAAUAUCGUCCGCAGUCGCCGCAGCGCGGCCCUCUGCCCGCUCCACCUCGCUCCCGCCAGGUGACAGUCUCAUCUCCCGGUUCUCCCAGUAGCAGCUCUGGAAGCCAUAGUCCAGCUGAUACAAUCAAACAUGGUGGCUCCGUGUCGUCAAUUUUGCGACAGCCAGAGCGAGCAAGUUCACCGCGUGUGUCGCCUAGGAACUCACCUCGCGCCUCUCCCCGCGACUCUCCGCGCACUACACGCGAGAGCACACCACGGGACUUAACUCCUCGUGAGCUUACUCCCAGGGAAACAACUCCACGGGAGACUACACCACGCGAGUCACCCCGCUCAGCUAUCCCGGGCACAUCAGCCGGUUUGGCGGUAACUUUGAACUCGAGUGGUACUAACGGUGGUAUUAGCCCUCGAUACAGUUCCACGAACCCGUUCCUGCAGCAGUACGACGCAGAGGAGGAGGCAGAGGCUUGGCGUGCCACCGACAUAUUCUCUACGCCAUCCACGCACACAUAG